UCCUGGCGGAGGCCAGUCAGUCUUAUCAGUCCGUCCCUGCCGCUCCACUUUCCGUGAACUUAUCGGUAUAGAAGCAUCUUGACGGGGGUCAGGCUCGAGUUUGGGGGACCCAGAAAAGGUGCCAAACGCUCGCCGUGAUGUCCAGGCGCAAACUUGGGAGCAGACCGCAGCACCUGAGCGCAAUUCAAGAUGCCCCUGAUAUGGAAGACGGUACAGGCUCAUCAGGUGACCACCACCCGCCUCCUCCCCUUCCUCCUCAUCAGGUGCCGGCCCCUGACGAGGGCCGGGACCUGCUAACCUGUGGCCAGUGCAGCCAGGCCUUCCCCCUCGCCCACAUCCUGGCCUUCAUCCAGCACAAACAGGGCGGGUGCAGCUCCAGAAACCCGUCCCCAAGCGUCAGCACCACUCCCCCCUCACCUGCCAACCAGGCCCGGCACCAGCAGCCCGCCGGCGCCGGCCUGGGACCCGGCUUCAUCGAGCUGCGGAGGGGGACGGGCAGGGACCGAGUCUGGGGGGAGGAGCUCGGCGUGAGCGUGAAGGCGGAGCCCACCAAAUCAGGGCCAGAGGAGCCCCCGUAUUUCACUUGCCAGCAGUGUGAAGCUGUGUUUGUGUCUGCAUGGGCGCUCCUGCAGCACGCUCAGCACACACACUCCUUCAGCAUCUACCAAGAGAAUGAAGAGGAUGACACAGACGUGGGAGGAAGAGAUCACAAACCUCCUGCGGCAGUUUUGGACCCGAGCCACCUGAACCAAGCUCUCGCCUCAGCCUUCCAGCCCUCUUUCCUGCGUCGUUCCCGUCAGAUACACGCCGUGUCCGCGUCCUCCAUGGCUAACCAACAGGCGAUGAACUUUUCAGUGCGACUCAGAGAGCUAGCCGUGGGGAGUAACGGCACCGGCAGCUCACCCCAAGGCCUUUUACUGUCCCCAUCUUCAUCUCCACCAGCAGCUUCCCCCUUCCCUCAAACCGGCACUCUCCAGGCUGACUACCACUGUGAGCUAUGUGAUCAAAACUUCCCGUCACUGCGUUCCCUGUCGGCCCAUCGCCGGACUCACACCUGCGAGAAGCCUUAUCACUGCGGGGUGUGCGGACAAGCCUUCGCUCAGAGCGGACAGCUGGCUCGUCAUAUAAGGAGCCAGCACCGACAGGCCGGAGGUGGAGCAAGUGGAUGUGACUUGGUAGAGAUGGUCACCAUGGAAGAGGAUGCUAGGAAACAAGGGGUGAGAGAGAGGCUUCAGAUGCAGCCAGCUGCAAUCAUGGGGAAGGGGAUGGCUGGUACAGAUGUUAGGGCACAGGGCUCCUCCGAGUUGGACCUCACCCUUCCCAAACACCUUUCCAUAGCUUCAGGUCUAAUGCUGCUACCUCCCCAGGCUAGACCGCCCAACGGGGAGCUGCUGAGGCUGUACCAGCACCAGAGAGAGGGAGGAGCGAGAGGUGAAGAGGAAGCUGAGGGGCAGGGGGAGCCCCAGCACGCCUCACCCUGCGCCAGCCCCUCCGAAGGCUCGCUGGAGAGCGGAGAGACAGGAGGCAGCGGUGAGAGCGGCAUCGCAAGCGGCAACUGCACCCCCAAACGCCCAGAGACGGGCGACAGAGCGCGAGGAGUCGGCGAGUGGGAGAAUGAAAGAAGAGAGCUCAUUGACAGAGAACAGGAAUGGAACUCGGCCAAGUUCAGCGAGGCUGUGCAGGAGUGGCAGAGAGACAACGACCGGAGGGGUGUUACAGGAGGACCCAACGCUGGAGGAAACAACAAUACAUCUGCCGGUUCGACAGGGAAGAAGAAGAAAGAUGAGGCCUGCGAGUAUUGUGGUAAGCAGUUCAGAAACAGCAGCAACCUGACCGUGCACCGUCGCAGCCACACAGGUGAGCGGCCAUACCGCUGCGGCCUCUGCAGCUACGCCUGCGCGCAGAGUUCAAAGUUGACACGCCACAUGAAGACCCACGGCGCCCAGGGGGCGAAGGCCUCCUUUCUGUGCCAGCUGUGUGCCGUGCCUUUCACCGUCUACGCCACCCUGGAAAAACAUCUGAAGAAAGUUCACGGCCUGAGUCACGCAAGCGUCGGGGCGUACGCACAGGCCAGCGCCGCAGACACUUUAGCUGCUCUGAGGGCUGGAGAAGCAGCAGCAGCCGUGGUGGUGAAAAUGGAGGAGGAUGAGGCCGCUUUGGAUCGGAUGGACGCGGAGGGCAAAAUACAGAGUGAUGUGGCGAUAGGAGAGGAGGUAAAUGAGGGAAAGUUUGAGGAGGGCAGAAGGAGUCCAGCCAUAGUGGAAACUCUUCCACAUGACAGCGGUGCAGAGGCAAGCUUAGCUUUGACUUCUGUGCUCUGAGAGCCUUUUUCUCAGCCACACAGUAACAUAGCACUGCAUAAGAUUACACUUACCCAUGCAAUGAAAAAGACGGUUUAGUUGAAAUUCUUCAAAAGUCGCAGCACUGUAGACGGCCGCGAACGGCACCGUCCUCCCCACCAGCACUUAGGCACCCAGCAGCCAACAGUUGCUCUUGACUGUAUGCAAAGCUGCUGAUUGAAACUAAGUGCCUACAGUUCUUCAGACCACAGAGAAAAACAAGGCCAUGACAUUCAACAGGGAGAUUACCAUAACUCGCAAACAGGAAGUGAGCCGCCACAGUCCACACCGACGCAGGAAGCCGAUCACCAUGUUGUAGCGCAGGAUGCACAAGACGUGUGAUUUCUUUGCCCGGUGACCGUCUGGACAGUUGGAAGACGGCUCACAGCUUCAGAUAAUACACAGAACUCGUUAUACAUAUUAAAAGAGAUAAUAAGAAAAAAGCCCAGCAAUAGAAUGAUGUUGAUCUCUUCAACACCAAUGAAUGGAGAGAGGCCAUAUUGUGCUACAUUGCCGUUUUCUUUUAAGAGGACCUUUUAAAGACUAAAGAUGUUUGUGCAGAUACAGGGCUGAAAUGAAUCCAAACACUGUCUGCCUGCAGUGUCUCACAGUCCUCUUUUUAAAGGAGCUUGCUUGUCACAACACUUGUCACUUAAUGUUUACAAGGCUCACGGGGCCAAGCAAGGCUGCGCUCCUGACUUUGUGACAGUACGCAUGGAUCAUUCCUGUUCUGUUUGUUGGCUUGUUUUUUUUCUAAUUUUUAUAAAUGUAAGUAUGAAGACUUUAAAGUCUGGUCUACUGAUCUUUUUGUAUAAUUAUUUUCUAUGCAUAAAAAAAAAACAGCAAUCUUACCUACAUGUGAAACGGGUGUGUAUUAUUUCUCUAUAUAUUAUUGUGAUAGUAAAUCCUUGUUUUUUUUUUCUUUUAUUGUUUACAUUUGUAAAUUGCCAGAACGCUUAAAGCUUGUGCAUGUUUUGCAGCCAUUUUCAGAUUUUUUUGUUCAUUUGGUUUUUUUUUUCCUCCCUGUUUGAGUUGGAUUUUUUUCCUAACUUAUGGAUGCUGCAUGUUGGUGGUGAUUGUGCAAAUAAAAAAAAAGUCUGUUUCACUGUUGAACUCCAGGGUUGACGGGUGUGAAAGUAGUUGGUUGGAGUUUUGUGGAGGGUCGCCAAGCGAGCCUGCGUGUGCGUGUGCGUGUGUGCGUG